UAACAAAAAGCCUUGUGCUUCCUUCUAAACAGCUGCUAUAAAAUGAAAGUUGAGAUCUGAACAGAAGACACUACUUUUUGUGACACAAGCAAUAAGACAACAACAUGAGCAACACAACUAAAUCAGCAAUGGUGGAGGAAAUCCACACUGGAUACUUGAACAAAUCUCCACCGGCCAAAGGCAUUAAAUCAUGGAAGCGCCGUUUCUUUGUGCUCUCCAAGGUGGAUAAAGAUGACUACCACCUAUCAUAUUAUCGAAAUAAUGAAAGCAGAGACAAACCUUUGGGAACAAUAGAUCUUGCAAAAAUCAGCUUGUUGUCUACUGCCCCAGAGGCACAUUCAAGAUGGCCCUGGAUCCAGAAACACUUCAAGUGUCCUCCAUCCUCUGUGCUGUUCUUGACGGUGGAAACUAGAGACUACUUUCUCAUUGGACAAAACAGUGAUGAUGUGGAUUCCUGGCUCAAUGCAAUAACCACGGCACUGCAGAACUCACAAAACAAAAUGCAAAAUACAGAUAAAGAUAAUAAGAAUCAGGGCAUCAAAUCAAUAUCUGGACCUAUGAACUAUUGGCAACCAACGCCUGAAGACCAGCCUGAUGAAAAAGAUUCAGAAGCUGCUCUAAUGUCAACUUCACCGCAAAGUCACUAUGCCUGCCCUCGCAGUCUUUUCAGUGCUCCAGUAGCAGAACAGCACAAGCCACAGAUUGAAGACCAGCCUGGUGAAAGAAAGUCAGAAGAACCUGCUCUAAUGUCAACAUAUUCAUCACCUCAAAGCUACUAUGCCUGUCCUCGCACUCUUUUCAAAGCUCCAGUAGCAGAACCGCGAAAGAGGUUUCUGAGCGAUCUCAAGGAUGAGAAGGUCGAGGAGGAGGAGGAUGAAUCUCCAGAGGAAGCCACUGAAUACAUUUCCAUGGCAAAAGUGCAAAUGGCAUUGGAGGAUGACCAGAAGGCAGACACCGAACGCACGAAGACAAAUGAAACGGAAACACAUGUUGAAAAGGAGAUCUGCAUUAGUCAAGAGAGUCUGAUGAACAAUCUGGUUUUAACAGAGGAGGAAGGCAAACCAUGUGUGUCUGAGUGUCGGGAGACUCAGGAGUCACAUCUUUUCCACAAGGGUGAUCAGAUCCUGGCCCUCAAUGACUUGCUAACAAACACAUUAGAUGAGAUACAGACAUACCUUAAAAGACUAAGCAAGGACGAGGUGAAACUCACUAUUCGCCGGCUUCCAGGAUCCCAGCCUUUGAGCAAUGAAUCCAACGAGACAUGAAAGAAAAAUCACCUCUCAAUAGAAUCAUUGCAUUGAAUUAUUAGAUUAUGAACGUCUUGUUUAAGAUUAAAGAGUCUGCAGGAUUUUGACAUUUAUGACUCUUAUCAUAAGACUCUUAUCACAAGCCUUUACAUAUAACUCUUAUCAUAAGGGUGGAAAACAGCAUUAAUAUGUAAUAUACCUGGCUAGUGGGAAUAUUAGUGCAUAUUUUUAUGGACAAAGUAUUACUUUAAAAGUAUGAAGAUAAAUUCACUGUGAAAAAUGCACAUUGCUAAACUUUAGUUUCUUAAAGCUGCACUUACAGUAAGAUGUACUUUAUUUACUAUGCAUAUACACACAACUUUUCUGUGUAUUACAUUUUACAACAUUUAAACAAUGCUUUCAACUUUUCUGUGUAUUUAAGCACUUAACUAUUGCUCUAAAUCUUUAUGCAAUGAUUAAACUGUAUCAGAUACUGGAUGAUAUUAAAUGGAUGAUUAUUGUAGCCUAUUUAAUAUGCAAAUUAAUUAUAAGUGUGAAUUAGUACAUAGUAAUUUUGUUUUCUUUGUUUGCACAGGAAUACAAAAUAUUAGACUAAAACAGAAAAAUAAGCCAUAAUGUGCAUGAAGAGUCAAACAUCAGGCUUGUUUAAAUAUAAUAAUAAUUUUUUAUUAAUCUUAUUUCAUAUAAUAAUAAUAAUAAUAAUAAUAAUAAUAAUAAUAAUAAUAAUAAUAAUAAUAAUAAAAGACAAUAACAAAACAAUUGCAUUGCAACAGAUGCUAAAUUGCAGUUAAAUGUGAAUAAUGAAUGCACACAAAUGAAAAUAAAUCAAGUCAUCUCUGGUUGAAGAACAGAGCUCAAGUAUACUUUACUUUUACAUUGAUACUGGUUAGAUACUUUACAAUAUAUACAAAGUCAAAUCAUCUCUGGUUGAAGAACAGAGCUCAAGUAUACUUUACUUUGACAUUGAUACUAGUUAGAUACUUUACAAUAUAUACAAAGCCAAGUUAUCUCUGGUUGAAGAACAGAGCUCAAGUAUACUUUACUUUUACAUUGAUACUGGUUAGAUACUUUACAAUAUACAAAGUCAAUAUAUUGUUUGUUUGCAUACAACAUAUAGAAUAUAUUGUUUGUUUGCAUAUUUUUAAGAAUCGCAUAUCCAAAAUACACCAAUGCAUUAUUAACGCCGAAGCUCCUUUUGUUUGUUUUGGAUGUAUCAACUAUGUUUAUUCAUGCAUGAUUGAUGGUUUUCACAAACAUACUAUUAUACAAUCAUAAUGAGCUCAGAUGUUGUUGUUUUCAAGGGAAACUUUUUUUAAAAUCAAAGCAUCUAACCUGAAUCUCCACUGACGCUUCACAUUACAGUCAAGAACAAAGACCGGUAGCUUCCUUGUAAACUUCAUUUAUUUACACUGGCACUGAAAACCAGUUUUUUCCGCAUGCUGAAAAAAAAAAAAGCACAGCCGCAUUUUGAAGAGCUGAACAUGACAUGACACAUUUUUAUCUAUUACUCUGCUGUCUUUAAAUCGCAAUGAACAAUGAUCUUACAAUGAUCUUACAAUCAGAGCUGUUUUUAUGUUAAUAUUAUUAUGAUUUGACACUGUCUACAUGCAUGAAAAAAGAUCAAAGAUGAAACAUUCCAUUUUGGUGUCUGCAUCAAAUGAAAUGCACAAAAGAGAUUUACAUACAUAAGAAGGAUAUUAAAUCUGUAAUGUAAUGUAAUAUGCCUAUUCGUGAGGUGUGUGUUUUUAGUGUGUGUUUUAUGAUUCUGGAUAUUGAAUGUUUCAUCUAUUUUGAAUGUUUUACUGUUAUUGUUUUUACCUCUGUGUCUUUUUUGUGUGAAGCGCUUUGGGAUUAAGUUUUAAAGGCGCUAUAUAAAAAAAUAUCAUUAUUAUCAUAAUGUUAUAUGGUAUAUCAGCAGAUAUGUAAAAAUAAAAAAUAAACAUUCUUAUUCUGACCUAUAUGAUAAUACAAUAUAUAUAAAUGAUCCAUAAUUCUCGCUGCCAAAUGAGUACAUGCUACUGGUUUUAAGGAGAGUGGAUUGAAACCAACAAUUAUAGAGAACUUCAAUUAUUCA